ACAGUCUACUUGGCACCAGAGAUCGAGCAGCUCUCUGCUCUCUUCCUCCCCAGUCAGUUAGUCAGUAAGCCUGAAGUUGGACCCCACAGCCUCACCAUGAGCGGAAAACGGAAACUGAGUUUAAAGUGGUUUGGGAUUCUCCCUAACUUCUUCCGUCGCAGCUCAUUGUCUGACAAAUCCGACUCCAAGUCGUCCUCCUCCGAGCCUGAUGGGGCUGGGGCUCUGGACGUGGUAUCCUCCACCAUCGAUGUGGAGACAUUUGUUGACGACAUGGAUAUGAUGCAUCCAUGCACAUUCAGCUCCGCCCGCUCCAGCGACAACUACACCCACAUGGGCACCUUUCCCCGCUUCCUCCUCAGGAAGAGAGACAAGAAUGGGAAUUCUGAGAAAAUAGGGACCAAGAAGAUCAAGGAGAAGACAGGGGCAAGGCUGGGCAGGAGUCAGAGCCAGCGGCCGGCAGGGGACCGUGUKUGUAGCGCUCCCCUGCUCAUGGCACUAUCCAGCCGGCCUGGCUCCAGGAAGGACCAGCCUCUCUCACCUUUAUCCAGCCAGGCUGGUCCUGGUCCAAGGCCCCAACGGGACCAAGGGCUGCCUCCCAUCCCCAGAGGAGGAUCACYCGAUAGGAAUGAACAUGGAGACCCACAGGCCCACUGUGAGGAAGAAGAACCACACCAAGGGCAGCUUAUGUCAGCUCAGGAUGUGGGGUCUAGUACCUCUAACGCCCCUCCGCUCACUUGUGAAGACGUCUCCAAAGAACACACAUUCACCACUGAUCAGGGUGCAUCUUCAGAUACAGCUUCAACUGGUGGGGCUAGAAGGAACCUUGCUACUGUUCCUGAGCCAUCUCCAACCCCCAAGCUUCCAAAGAAAAGCUUGCAGCAGCCUGGCACCCUUGUCACCCAUCAGAUCGAGGAGGGCCUCCCCAUGAAGAGAGCCAAUAACCUGGGUACAGACAGUAACUCCAGCCUCCUGCCCGAGAGGGCCUCCAGUGGUUCUACUGAUAGAGACCUGGGAGAGGGUCUUCAGAGGGAAAGCCAGGCUGUUAUACCUGUGGACAGUGGAGACCCAGACCAUGGGGUAGCAGAUCAGAGGAAAGCGUUGGCCACACCCAGCUAUGUUUUCCCCUUCAGUUCACCCCAGUGCACAUUGCAGGAUCGUCCCCAGCCCGGCAAGACCCAGCCCGGCAAGGCCCAGCCCGGCAAGGCCCAGCCCGGCAAGGCCCAGCCCGGCAAGGCCCAGCCCGGCGCGACAGUGCACAUGAACCCUUUCAGUCUCCUCUCCACCAGCUUCAAGGAGGGAGGGAGGGAGGGAGCCACCAUAGAGGGGGAGGGGUUACCAAGGCAGUAUCUCCCAGCCCCUGACCCCACUGUGGCCUUGCCUCAGUCUCAUCCAGCAGCCCCCAAUCUUCCAAUCCUGGCCUUUCCCCAGCCAGCAGCCCCCCCAGGGCCACUAUCGGAGACUGUAGUCCUGCAGAACGGUGAUUUCCUGAUCCGUGAUUCGCUGAUUAACAUGGGCGACUACGUCCUAACGACCCGCUGGAACCACGAGGUUCUGCAUUUUAAGAUCACCAAGGUCCUGGUCAAGUCCAGCACUGAGUCGAAGGUCCAGUACCUGUUCGAGAAGGACAGCUUCGACUCCAUACCUGAACUGGUGAGGUUCUACAUGGCCGGGCGGCGGCCUGUCUCCCAGCCCAGUGGAGCCCAGAUCUACUGUCCAAUCAUACGCACCCUACCCCUGCGCUACCUGGAGGCCACAUUUGCCUUAGCCAAUAGCAGGCACAGCCUGGCCCACUCACCGUCCAGUCAGAGAGGAGCGUACAUCAAGAGGCGGAGCGUAACCAUGAACGACGGACUGACCACAGAGAAGCUGAUACCUCACAGCCCUUCUACUAUUCACAACCACAAGGAUGCGAUGAGGAACUGUGCCAUGAGUAUGGAUCAGAUCCAGGAGUAUCGCUGUCCCCUGUCUCCUGUAGGAGAAACACCUCUCUCCCCAGCAUACAGCCACAUCCACAGACACAGAACCCAGUCAGGGGGUAGAGUUCUGGCAGUGGUGCCCCCCUCACCAGUCCUGAGACGCUCCAGCGAGCCCCAGCUCAGCCCUGGCUCCAACAACAACCUACCCGACAUGCUAGCUGCCAGCUCCCACUCCACCCCGGCCCACUGCUCCUGCCCAGCCCCAGCAGGGGGCACUGAAACAGAGGGAAGCUACUGCGACCUCAGACCCUCCCCGGCCCCAUGUCCCGGGGCUCCGUGUGCCGCUGGCAUGCCCCCGACACCUCCAGCUAAGAGCUACGUGGAGCGGCUGCGUGUGGAGGAGGGCCGAGGGCCUGCCCCGGGGAAGGACAACGGAGCAGGGGCUGGGGGAGAGGCGUUCAGCGUCCCCCUGGUGGAGACUGCCUCCUCCUUCAGACCAGGGAAGUACCUGUCACCCUUGAUCCCCCAGGAGAACAAGCCCUUAGAGAUGAGCGUACUGAAGAGAGUCAAGGAGUUGUUGGCUGAGGUGGACGCCAGGACGGCUGCUAAACACAUCACAAUGGCUGACUGCACGGUUGCUAGGAUACUGGGCGUUACCAAGGAGAUGCAGAGGAUGAUGGGAGUAGGUUCAGGACUGGAGCUUUUGACUCUACCUCACGGACAUCAGCUGAGACUGGACCUACUGGAGAGGUUCUACACCAUGUCUAUAAUGAUGGCUGUGGACCUGCUGGGGUGUACAGGCAGUACAGAGGAGAGGGCUGCUCUGCUCCAUAAGACCAUCCAGCUGGCUGCUGAACUCAAGAGCAACCUUGGGAACAUGUUUGGCUUUGCUGCUGUGAUGAGAGCACUGGAGCUGCCACAGAUUUCUCGCUUGGAGCAGACGUGGAUGACGUUGCGUCAGAGACACACAGAGGGAGCCAUCCUCUAUGAGAAGAAGCUCAAGCCCUUCAUGAAGAACAUGAACGAUGGCAAAGAGAGCAGUGUGCUGUCCAACACGUCCUUCCCUCACGUGGUUCCUCUGCUGUCUCUGUUGGAGAAGGGUGUGGCCGUGGGGGAGGGGCCAGGGGCGGGGAUAGAACCCUGGGAGAACGUGGAGGCGGGCGUUGAUGUGGUGAUGUCACACCUGGAGGCGGCCCGGACCAUCGCUCACCACGGGGUGCUGUACCGCACCAACGCUGAGACCAAACUACAAGGCUUCCAGGAGAGUCAGGAAGUUCUGGAGAUCUUCCGGACAGAGUUCCAGAUGAGGUUGCUAUGGGGAAGCAGGGGUUCGGAGGGCAGCCAAUCGGAACGCUAUGAGAAGUUCAACAAAGUCCUGACCGCUCUGUCUCACAAGCUGGAGCCUCCUGUACGCCACAGCGAACUAUAGCACCCAUCUCACUGAACACCCCUAUACAAAGCACUGCGCUCACAGUGGUACGACCUGCCUCCCCAUACUGCAAGGCACCUUGAUGUGGAUGUCCAAAGUGAAUAAGAGGGGAGGAGGCCGACUAAACAGAGACAAAAGAGUGUACUUAGAGAAGACAAGAGGCGAGAAGGAGCAUCUCACUGUAUAUCCCCAAAAAAGGCACAAAGGGCUUUUUCAGAGCUCUUCAAUAGGCUGUAAUAUUUCCCUCCCUAAAUGCUGAAAGACAGAUUGGGCCGAGGAGGAGUGGGGAAAUUGGGUAUUCUUCUACCCAUCAGCAAGCUACAAAGAACUACAGGUAUGGUGUGCGCUGAGGGUCAAACAGUGCGUGAGAGGUUGGAUCUAGCUGUUCUCUGGUAGAUCACAUGAAGCUCUGAUCUGUCUUCAACACCUUCAUUAUUACCUGUACUAUUACAUCUGUACUUACUGGCUCAUUGUCGCACACUGUUCUGUCAGAGAGUAAUAGUAAACACAAUGUGUGUGUUCUGUCUGACUUGAAGAGACAGUCCUAUUUUACACAACGUGUGUGUGUACUUCAGGACACCAGUACCACAGAGAUACAUCGGCAUCUAUCUCUAUGACCUCUGACCUGUCUCAUCGGACCUCCGCUUUAGACUGAGAGGUUGUGUGUUCUAGAAUCUGUUCUUCUUGUAUAGACUCUCUGUGUGGCUGCCAUUCAUUCAUCACAUAGUCCAUCAGGUCCCCUGUUGAUGACACACGCAGUGUGCUCAUACAGACAGACACUUAUCUGCCCCACAACACACAAUAAUAUAUGUUGCCAAAUCAUAUCAGCUGUUUGAGGCAUACUAAGCAAUUCUCUCUGUGGGUUUUGUUUGUGUGCUGUUCAGAAGCAGUUCUCUUAUUGAGGCUCUUCUGAGAAGCACCCCUCUCCUCAUUUCUGGCAUGUCAUUAAUUUUUCAUAUGACUCUGAUUUUGUUUGAGUACUGUUUGGUAGUCUUUAUUUUAAUAGGGGCUAUUUUGGGAAGCAUUCCUCUCCCUCCCCUCUCCUUAUUUCUGGCAUGUCAUUAAUGUUUCAUAAUGACUCCUGUCCCAUUUACAUCAUAUGAGCAUGUUUGCCUUGUCCUCACUUGUCACAAACACACCAUUAGAAAUAUCCUUAAAGCACUCGGACCUGUUUGUGUGAAUUAAUGUGCUUCAGGCACAUUUGUUUUUCCAUGUAAAAACACUGACUACUAUUUUCUUCAACUUGAUUUAGAUGACAUUUUUCUGUGUGAUUUUAUUGCUGACCGGCAGAUUUUGUUGACAUGGUGACAUGUUUGAAGACUUUGUUGACAUGGUAAUGUAACAUGUUUGAGCCUCUGCUGUUGCCGUAUAGGAUUCAGGUUUUAACCGGUGUGAAUGAAUGCGCUUUAGUCUGAAAGUGAUCAGAAUGUUCUCAGGGCAGAAUGGAGGCCCCCUCAGACCUAGCCUGGUCCCAGACCUGUUUGUGCUGCCAACUUCUCUGGUCAUUGUCAGCCAAAGAAACUAUACGAGAUUGCAAAACAACAUGAAUAGAUGUGGGAUCAGGCUACCUCAGACCCCCUCAGUGACUGUAUGAUGUGUUUUGCUUUGUGUGUUUGAUAUGAGAUGGACAGAGUGUUGAAAAGGACAUUAGAUUUUAAAACCAUCAAAAGUGUUUUUGAUUUCACAUAUUCACUGUAGGAUCGUGCGAUUUUUCACUCACUCAAAUUCAUGAAAUGGUCUCUUUCAAUUGUAUCGUUGCUGAAAUGCUUUAGUGAAAUGCAACAUCAACAUGAGGGCUUAAAGGAAUCUGUCAACUUCCUUGGAACUAAAUACAGUGUGACCUUUGACCUUUUGAUCAAAUAAUACCUGGCGACCUUUCCUCCGCCGACUCCUAAGCAGUGUUGCGUUGAAACACAAAAGCACUAUGAAUGAAGAUAAUGAUUUCUUUUAGAUCUGUUUGUUGAAGUGUCAGUGUCUGCUGAUUGACUUCCAAUCCAUGAUGUAUUUAGGCCUGAGAUAGAGAGCUGACUCUCAGAUCUAUGCAAUCACUUUAAAUCAAUUAAGAGUCCCAUAGAAAACAAGCAGAGUAGACACUGCUGCCCCUGAGGAUGUGAGUUGUGUACUACUGGGAACAAUCCACUUGAACACCCCUCCUAACUGGUAUGUACUACUGGGAAACUCGUCUAUCAUCCCUGAGCUACAACUUCUCCCACAUGCUGACCUCUGACGUCACCUACUAAGAAAAUGACCUUGAUAACAGCAUUUGACAGUUCAAUGCAACAACAAAACAAUUUAUAAAAAGCAAUCAAUUAAUAUGGGUUUUGAACAAUAUAAUUGGUUUACAAGCAUGAUAGCUGUACUUUUAGUUUAUGGUUGAGCCAAUCAGCAUUUCUCAAUGAGUUCAAAGCACGUGAAUGCAUCCAACUGGUAUUUAUGACUUCUCAACUGGUAAUAACCACCUUCCUACUUGGUUCUGAAUGCAGCAUAAGUGCCAGCCAGCCAGAAAGUGCAUCCCAGGUCGUAUUCAUUAGGCACCAAACAAAGGAAAACAUACUGAAACGGGGAUGGAUUAUCAAUUUUGUUUUCUGUUGCAAAACGUUUUGCUACAGUGUGCCCUAGUGAACACGAUCCCAAUCAGCCAGAGAAUAAAGGGGAGAGCCAAAAUCCAAUUGCCUUUCUUGUCCAGUAGAGGGGACUAUAGUUCAGUCAGCAAAAAAAUAAAUAAAUAGAAGGCAUCUUGAUUUUAAUCUUUUUUUUGUGUGUUUUUGCGAUUUAUUAAUAAAGCCUACUGGUUUAGGAACGAUUUGAUGAUGUACUGUAUGUAAUUAUGUUUGUCUCACCUUAUGUUGUACAGAUUACAUGUGUGCUUUUUUCCUGUUGUAAAUAGUCAUUCUGAAAUGAUGAACCUAUAAAGAAAAAGGACAAAAAACUCCAAUGUUUGUGACCCCAUGUUUUUUUUAAUGUACUGUACAUAAUGGUUCACUUGUUUUUCAAAUAAAAUAAAGCUCGAGUCAAUGACG